AUUAAAGUAAAAGUUAACCUAAAAAAAUUUUGAAAAAAUUCCAAAAUUAUUUAAUUAAAAAUGCUUUUAAAAAUGGAACAACAGCAAGCGACGGCGUCGUUUAUCUCGUCGCUAAAUAUGUCACCAUUUUCUUUGCAAUUGGAUCAAGAGCAGCAACCUUCAAGUCCGGCAUUGGCAACGGCAACGGGCAAUUCCAAUCAAUCGUCAACGAAUCAACUGCUGAGCGCUGCUGCCAAUGCUGCUAACAAUAAUGAGAAUAAUGAUAAUUUCAAUAACGCCGGCGAUACCAAUGAUUAUUCGUAUACUUUGCAUAUAACUCCUUCGUCGCAAGCGGCAGUGGCAGGUCAUCAGCAGCAACAACAACAGCAACAGCAGCAUCAACAACAUCAACAACAUCAGCAACAACAACAGCAACAUUAUCAACAGCAACAAUCCCAUUAUCAACAACAACAGCAACAAACUCAACAGCAACAGCAACAACAACAACAACAAAAUAUUGCCAAUAAUCCAAAUUUUCAAUAUUCCUAUAUCUACAAUAUCGACUCUCAAUAUAUAUUUCCCACAGGUUAUCAGGACACAACAUCCUCGCAUUCACAACACAGUAACAAUGGCGGUGGCGGCGGCGGUGGUGGUGCACCGCCCGGUCCGAAUCCCACCACCUCGCAAACAAAUGCCGGCGGGGCUGGUGGCAGCGGUAUAUCACUUAUUAACGGUGUGGUUACAUUAAACAAUCAAACAUCGGCCGGUGGUCCGAGCGGUAACAGUUCCGUGGCCCCUACUGCCACGGGAGCUUCUUAUAUGUCAUUACUGCCACCGGCUGUAGGGGCGACCAGUUCGUCAGGAUCACAUUUGGCUGUUAAUUCUUUGGGUGGCACUAGUGCCACAACUUCCGGUUCAACAGCAGAUGUUAUUGAUUUCAAACAUCUCUUCGAAGAAUUAUGUCCGGUGUGUGGUGAUAAAGUUAGUGGUUACCAUUACGGUCUAUUAACCUGCGAAUCGUGUAAAGGUUUCUUUAAACGUACCGUUCAAAAUAAAAAGGUAUACACCUGCGUUGCGGAACGUUCUUGUCACAUAGACAAAACCCAACGGAAACGUUGUCCGUAUUGUCGUUUUCAGAAAUGUCUCGAAGUUGGCAUGAAAUUGGAAGCUGUGAGAGCAGAUCGGAUGCGUGGCGGUAGGAACAAAUUCGGACCGAUGUACAAAAGAGAUCGAGCGCGAAAACUGCAAGUAAUGCGACAACGACAAAUAGCCCUGCAAGCAUUAAGAACCUCAAUGGGUUCAGGAGACAUGAAACCGACACCUCUAUCGCCAGGCUAUCAACAAGCAUACACAAACAUGAAUAUCAAACAAGAAAUACAAAUACCUCAGGUAUCCUCACUCACUCAUUCGCCCGACUCAUCGCCCAGCCCUAUAGCCAUUGCCUUAGGUCAGGUUAAUGCACGCAGUGGUGUGAUAGCACCGCCUAUAAAUGUAAACAGUGCCGCUGCUGGUGGUGGUCGCAGCAGGGGUGGUGGUGGUGGUGGUGGUGGUGGUGGCGGCGGCGGCGGCGGUGGUGGUGGUGGCGGCGGUGGCGGUAGCAGUGGGUGUGGAAGUAAUGGCAAUAACAACAAUACCAGCAACAGUAAUAACAGUAGUGACGGUAUUAGCCGCUUGGGUAAUACAGCCGGUGGUGGUAGUAAUUGCCACGAAUCAGGCCCGGGAUCUCUACAGAACGCCAGCGAUUCUAAACUGUGGUAUAGUGCGAACAUUGUUUUCCGAUUUAACAAAAGACAAGUCUUUGACUCGGGCACACAUCCUUCUAGUACCGCCGAUUCCAUAUUAGAACCAUUAAGGGUUUCACCGAUGAUCAGGGAAUUUGUACAGUCAAUAGAUGACAGGGAAUGGCAGUCGCAAUUAUUUGAGCUGCUAAGAAAACAAACGUACAAUCAAGUGGAAGUGGAUCUCUUCGAAUUAAUGUGUAAAGUUUUGGAUCAAAAUCUUUUCUCUCAAGUCGAUUGGGCACGCAACACCGUGUUCUUUAAAGAUUUAAAGGUAGACGAUCAAAUGAAAUUGUUACAACAUUCAUGGUCUGAUAUGUUGGUAUUGGACCAUUUGCAUCAGCGUAUACACAAUAACCUGCCCGACGAAACUCAACUCCAGAAUGGGCAAUUCUUUAACUUAUUGAGUCUAGGAUUGUUGGGUGUACCGGAGUUGGGCGACUACUUCAAUGAAUUACAGAAUAAAUUGCAAGAUUUAAAAUUCGAUAUGGGCGACUACGUGUGUAUGAAAUUUCUAAUAUUAUUAAAUCCAAAUGUACGUGGUAUUAUCAAUAAAAAGACCGUUUUGCAGGGACACGAAAAUGUACAAGCUGCUUUAUUGGAUUACACUUUAACGUGUUAUCCCUCCGUAACGGAUAAAUUUAGGAGGCUGUUAAACAUACUACCUGACAUACAUGCUAUGGCGGAGCGCGGUGAAGAACACUUGUAUUCAAAGCAUUGCGCUGGUAGUGCACCUACGCAAACGUUACUCAUGGAAAUGUUACAUGCAAAACGGAAAGUGUAAAAUAUACCAACAAUUACAUGCACACAUACACGAAUAUACACACACAUAUACAUACAUAUAUACACUAUACAUACAUACAAAAACACAAACAUAUACAUACAUACAUACACAUAUACAUUUGUAGUGCUUAUGGGUAAAUAUCAACAAAGCAAGGAAAAGAAAAAAACACUCACUCUCUCAGCAAAAAUGAACAGGAAAUGAAAAAAUUGAGGAAUGCAAAAAAAAAGAAAAAAAAAAAAAAAGAGGAGGCAAAAAAUAAACACACACGUUCACACAACUAACCUACAAUCACCACCUAUAACAAAGGAAAACAUAAGCGAGAAA